AGCGUCUCUCAGUUGCGAAACUUACUAGGACAGAUCUCAUAUAAAGAAGGUUAUCUGGCCUGCGACGCGGUGUGUCCAUCACGCGAUAACCCACCCUGACGUCAGUUGUUUUGGCUUGCGCAUCUUUACCGUGAAAGUGCCGAACGCUUCCCAUAUGCAUUGACGAAAACUGUGUCGCCCAAGAGACAUCACAACGGGACCUUACUCUUCAACACAUGUCUGUGACAGAGUCUGCUGCGGCAGCCAUAAUAACGGCUGCAGUUAAAAAUGACAAGUUUGGGGGCGGGCAUGAGCCAACAUGGGGCGACCAAGCAAAAGGGCAACGUGAUCUCUAUACCCAGCUCAUCAUUAGUUUAACAUUGGGACUAAGUGCCUUCUUGUCUUUCUGUGUCCUGCGACCGAAAUGGACGGAGCUGUACGCCGCACGAAGACGACAACGUUGCGCAGCUUCGCACUUACCGGAGCUUCCUGAUAGCUUUUUUGGAUGGAUACCAGUGCUCUACAGGAUAACUGAAGAGGAAGUAUUACACUCUGCUGGCUUAGAUGCGUUCGUUUUAUUGUCGUUUUUCAAGUUUGCGAUCCGAUUUUUGUCAGCCGUCUUCAUGUUCGCCGUAGUUAUCAUACUUCCGAUUCAUUACAAGUAUACCGGGAAAAGGGGGAUCCCCGGCUGGGAUGACAACAAUGAUAAUGCUCUCGGUGGGAACAAGGACAAGAUGCCCGUGACUGACCCAGACUAUUUGUGGAUGUACGUGGUAUUCACAUAUAUAUUCAGCGGACUAGCGGUCUAUAUGCUACUUCAGGAGACGAACAAAAUCAUUCGUAUCAGACAGAAGUAUCUCGGCAGUCAGACUAGCACCACCGACCGGACUAUCCGCCUUUCAGGUAUCCCCCAGGACAUGGCAUCUGAAGAGAAGAUUAUUGAAUUCGUGGAGGGCCUUCAGGUUGGAAAAGUUGAGAAUGUCACUUUAUGCCGGGAUUGGCGCGAAUUAGACCGCCUCGUCGACGAGCGAUUGCAAAUACUACGGAAUCUUGAACGAGCGUGGACUAAGCACCUCGGAUACAAACGACAGACCGAAGAUGAUAGCACGUUGCCGCUGACACAUCAUCAGCCGCGUGGUUCGAGCUUGUUCUCUGAGGAUGACAGCGAGCGCAUACAGCUUCUUUCAGAGAGUGGACGAGACCACAUUGCGGACUAUGCGCACCGACGUCCUACAAUUCGCUUAUGGUACGGACCGUUAAAGCUACGGUACAAGAACGUUGAUGCGAUAGACUAUUAUGAAGAAAAGUUGCGAAGGAUUGAUGAAGAGAUCAGAGUGGCGCGCCUAAAGCAGUACCCCCCUACCGAACUAGCAUUUGUGACCAUGGAGUCCAUCUUUGCAUCCCAGAUGGUGGUUCAAGCUAUCCUCGAUCCUCAUCCUAUGCAGUUGCUUGCCCGGUUGGCGCCGGCGCCGGCUGAUGUCGUGUGGAAGAACACAUACUUGCCGCGUUCACGACGAAUGAUGCAAUCCUGGUCCAUCACGGGAGCUAUUGGCUUCUUAACCGUGUUCUGGUCCGUACUCCUCGUGCCUCUAGCGUAUCUUCUCGAACUGGAGACGCUACACAAGGUGUUCCCACAACUAGCCGAGGCGCUGGCUCGCAACCCCAUUGCGAAGUCCCUCGUCCAAACCGGUCUUCCAACUUUGGUUCUCUCGCUGAUGACUGUUGCUGUCCCUUAUCUAUAUAACUGGCUCUCAAACCUUCAGGGAAUGACAUCGCGUGGCGAUGUUGAAUUAUCCGUCAUUUCCAAAAACUUCUUCUUCUCUUUCUUCAACCUUUUUCUUGUUUUCACGGUCUUCGGAACGGCAACGACAUUCUACGAACUGUUCAAGCAUCUUCGCGAUGCGUUUCAGGAUGCCACAACCAUUGCAUUUGCGCUGGCCAACUCGCUUGAAAACUUUGCACCAUUUUACAUCAAUCUUAUAAUUCUGCAAGGUGUGGGCAUGUUUCCCUUCCGGCUGUUGGAGUUUGGAAGCGUUGCAAUGUAUCCCAUCAAUUUCUUCAAGGCGAAAACACCACGAGAGUAUGCCGAACUAUCUACGCCACCUACUUUCAGUUACGGGUAUUCGAUCCCACAGACAAUCCUCAUCUUAAUCAUAUGCGUGGUUUAUAGUGUUUUCCCGAGCUCUUGGUUAAUCUGUCUGUUUGGACUGGUGUACUUUGCCAUCGGGAACUUCAUUUACAAGUACCAGCUCCUGUAUGCGAUGGACCAUCAGCAGCAUUCUACCGGGCGUGCAUGGCCAAUGAUAUGCAGUCGAGUUCUGGUAGGCUUGAUGGUGUUUCAAGUCGCGAUGAUAGGCGUGUUUGCACUGCGCAAAGCUAUCACACGUUCCUUGAUCCUUGUGCCCCUCUUGGGUGCAACGGUGUGGUUCAGCUAUUUCUUCUCUCGGAGUUAUGAGCCACUGAUGAAAUUCAUUGCUUUGAAGAGUAUUGAUCGUGAGGGCGGUGGAAAUUCUUCCCCUUCACCGUCAACCUUUUCUUCUCCAUCCGGCCUCGACCGUGACGCCCUACCAAUCCAAAUCGGUAGGCACGGAGUAGAAGUCAGGCUGAACAAGUAUGUCAAUCCCAGCCUCAUUAUGCCUCUCGAUGGCGCCUGGCUUCCAGGCCGCAGCGUUGGCGAAUGCCCUGGGUCUAUAUGAAAUACAUGAAACACCGGCCCAUGCUUUGCGUGGUCCAGGGUAUCCAAUCAGUCUACAACCCCCGUCUCAUCUCUUUCUUCCUGCGUCCCUUCCACUACUCGCUAUUAUUUGCUUUUCUUAUUUUCAUUCAUCAUAGAUAUUAUACCCUUUGUUAAUAUCAAUGCUUCCAAUGCCCCCAGUAUAUUAUGAUAUACGAUGCCAUGCCAUGCCCACCUACUAUUAAUAUCACCUAUGUCUUGUUCUUGUUUUGCUUAUACUUCCCUGCCUAUUAACCCACCAUAUACGCCUGCAUCUAUUUAAAUUUACCGCUCACAGGUCAAUCACCAAUACCUGAUUAUUACUGUUAGGAGUGAGAAUGUAUAUUCAACAGUUGAUGCAUCUUUAGGUUUUUUUUUUUAUUUUUUUUGUACAAUGUCGGAUAAUGCUUAUACAUUCAUUACGUACAGUUUUUCAAUGUUGCACUUAUUAUUUUCUUUAUAUAUA